AGUAGGGUCAAAGACGCGAGUUCGUGAUUGUUCCAUCAGUGUCCGAGAGCUGCCAAAGUAGACUAAAUAAUCAUGGUAAAAGUAUUUUGGGAACUUCAUGGAGUCUGACUCCUAAAUAGGCGUGUGAUGGAUAAAUUAGUUUUUGACAUUCGACAAAUUGACGACGAUAAGGUGGUCGCCACGGGGCACUGAUGUGACGUCUGACCGCGUAAGUACCACAUGUAAAUACCACAUGUAUUUCCUAUCCUAUCAUUGGCCAUAGUGUUCUGAAUCCACACAUUACGUUAGAGCUCCUCGUAUUGAAAUGGGACUGUAUCUCAGAUAACGCGGCUUUUCAUGGAUAGAUUGGUAGGCUAUGAGGAAAAUACGGACUGAUUCACUCAUCCGCCCAGUGUAUUUGUCGUUUCAAAGUAGGCUAUCAGGAAAAUAUAUGGACUGAUGCACUCAUCCGCCCAGCGUGUUCAUCUGUUCAUCUGACUAUUUGUCGUUUCAAAAUGCCUAUUUAUAGCAGCAGUAAGUCGAGUGUCUGAGUGAAACGUUCUGAUGGUAAUGCGUUGCUGAAUAGCUCAACAUUGUUUUGCACCUGUUACGCAGUUGAGCAUCGCUACAAACGCCGCUGAUUCUCUGCAGUUGUUGAUAUCUGGAUGUGGAUGGGAAGGGACUCACACGUUGGUUACCGCUCUGACAGAGCAUGUGUUAUCCAACGACAAUACACCACCUUUUCUUCUUACUAUGUGCUUCGGGAAUCUGCGACGCCCAGAGCCGCUGUGCAGCAAAUACCAGCCGUGGUCAAUUUGUGCAAGUGGGCACAAGUUUCGAAGUGGUCUGCAUCAUCGACUGCAGAGGAAAAAGUCCCACCAUUUACCAGGAUACUACCAAUGAACUUUCGCACGAGAAAGUCAAUGGCACAAUAAUGCACAUGGUUCAAAACAUUUCCAGAAAUACAACAUAUGCUUGCACAUGUAGACAAGACAAGUCUUUCAUCUGCGGCGUGGAUGUAUCAGUUGGAUAUCCUCCUGAGGUUCCUCAGAACGUGGCGUGCGAGCAGGAUGGAGAGUCCGGACCUGUCCGCUGCACUUGCAAAAUGGGAACCAGAACUGACCUGUGGACAACCUCAGAGUUCCGGGUGAGGACAGCAUCUGGAAACUGCACGGAUGUCCAGGUGACCUCCUCUGGGCCCAACAGGGCUGAAUUCGACCCCGGCUCCCACUCCGAGUUCUUCGUCAGCGUUUCAGCCGUCAACAGACUAGGGCGCAGCGCUGCCAAGGAGAUCAACGUAACUCUUAGCCACAUAGUGAGGCCCACUCCUCCAUCGCUGGUUGAUGUGACCUGUUCCUCCAGAUCCUGUGUCCUGCUCUUCACCAACGUCAGCUGCUGUCUCAACCUUGUGGUCGAGUACAGGCCAGACAGUGUUGGUAACUGGUCAACACACCACUUCCAUCGUUCAGACUCAAACCACAACUGGAGCGUCGCCGUCUCGCUGGAGCCGUUUGUGUUGUACCAUUUCCGAGGCAGGCUGAAGUCACGACCACACGUGGGUUUGUGGAGCCACUGGAGUGACAUCGGCCAGCGCAGGACAGAGGAGGAAGCCCCUUCAGAACUGGAUGUGUGGUACAUGGAGGAAUCACCCCGUACAUAUAUACUGCUUUGGAAGAAGCUGAGCCUAUCAGAGGCCAAGGGCAACAUUACAGGAUACACAGUGCUAGUCGAGAACACUAAGACGAAGAAGACGCAGUCCAGUACUGUCCGGGAUGACACCAGCUUCACAACUGACCUGUGUCCAGAGUGCUUCAUCUCCAUCUCCGCUGUGAACUCCAAAGGCCGAUCUCCACCUGCAAAUUUGUCAAUACCGCGUGAAUAUGGUCAUGCUCCUCAGAUCAUGUCCAAGGUAGCUCACAGCAAUGGCAGCAUUGCCCUCUCCUGGAAGAGGCCUGUUACUGCAGCUGGUGCAGCUGUGACUGGCUAUCUAGUAGAGUGGCUUCUCGCUGAGGGGAACUACAAGGGCCAGCAGUGGGAAAGGCUCCACAGAGAUCAACAUAGUAUCCACAUCACAGGUCUUCAGCCACAUGAAUGUUAUAAAGGUGCAGUUUACACUCUCUUCAAAGAUGGACGAGGGAAGACAGAAUUUGACAUUUCCUAUCAGCCUAAAGUUCCAGACAGAGGUCCUGGUGUUAUACAUAUUCGAUCCCUGCUGGAUGAGGACAACACGGUGCAGGUGACGUGGUCGCCAGUGCAGAGACCGCUGUGGAGAGGCUGCCUCACAAAAUACACCAUCUACAUUGAAGGACCCAAUGGAGAAAAACUCCAGCAUGAAGUGAAAGACAUCAUGUCCACGGAUUUGCGAGUCCCUGCCCUCAUCCCCGGUCAGAAAUACACAGUUUACAUGACUGCAUGGAACGCUGCCGGAGAGAGUUCGCGAGGAGAUUCACGAGUUUUCACCCUCAAAUCCAGAGAGGAGCAAUCCCAACUGUUUGUUGGUAUCGUGGUGACGAUCAUCAGCAUGGCUGUUCUGCUGGUGGCCCUGUGUCUAUGUCAAGCUUUCUCACUUCGACAUAGAUGCCUGACGUGUUGUCACCUACUUCCGGACAUGGUCCCAGAUCCCGCCAACAGUAAAUGGGCCAAAGAAUGUUCUGGAAAAAUGGGUGAGAAGAGCUUGCAGCUGUACCUGAGCGUGAGUGACAUGAGCGUGAGUGAGGAGGAGGAGCCCGACACCCUGGAGGUGAAGGAGAUGUCGAGGGAGAGCCUGAUGGUGGAGGAGGAGGCCCGGGACCAGGACGAGCUCAGCAGCAGCAGCAGCAGGAGAUCCAGCCUGACGCAGCGGGGCAAGUGUGUCACCUCCUACACCCUCAACUGUCCCCCGAGCGCCUACCUGAAGAGCUACUCCCAGGAGUCCGACGAGACCCAGGCGUCCUGCAGCACGGAGUUGACCGUGGACUACCUCUCCACGCCGGAGAUGUUGGACGGGGACAGUGACGCGGAGGGGGGAAGAGGAGAGGAGGAGGAGGAGGGGGAUGAAGAGGAUGAGGAGGAGGGCGGUAUGGGCGGGACUCUGUUCCUCCCCUGUCCUCUGUUUCAUCCUGGGGUUUCCUUUGGGGGGAGGCUGACUUUGGACAGCGUGAAGGUUGACUGUGGGGAGUUCGGCGGUGAUGAGCCAUUCAUCUUGCACAGUUGACAAACGAAAUGUAUGAGCGAGCCAGUGGACAUGGACAAUGAACAAUGAACUGACUAAUGUCCUGGACAAACAAGCAUUUCUACAUAAUCAAUUCAUAGCUGGUUCGAUGUGAAAUAUGUAUGUAUGUAUAUAACCUGUGUACAGUAACCCCUUGGCCUAUACAUCUGUCCUGUACACCUGUAACUUGAUUUUUGUAGCAAAGAUAAUAAUGUCAAAAACUCUCUAAUGCCUCUUUUCCACGGCCAGUUUUCUGGUAGGCCUACAGCUAGACAAAGCGCGACUCAGCUGCCACUUCGAAUAGGCACGACGACACAGCUCAAUUGUAAAGCAAAAAGUGUCAACCGAGUCGCACUGUCUCGAGCUGUAGGCCUACCAGAAAGCGAGGUAUAAAUCUCUUACUAACACUGACUGUAUCCACAAGCACAACAGCAGUUGAUGAGUUGUAUCAUAGCACGAGAGAAACUAAUGACUUUCAGAAAGGUGAUGCAUUCACAAUUACUGAUAGAAGAAUUUCAGUCCCCC